GUAAGUCGAGUCAAACUAAAACUUGUACCGUCAACAGCCUCAAAUUUGCCUUUGCAAGGUAUGGACCUGUUUAACAAUGGAGAUCACCUGCCAAAGUUUUCUGAGCCUUGGAAUUUUAGUGACGCUGUAUUGGUGGUAGAGGACAAGCGGUUUCAUGUGCACAGAUCCAUUCUGGCUAUCAGCUCACCUGUGUUCAACACAAUGUUCCAGUCGGGCUUUAAAGAAGCCACAUCAACUGAAAUUCCCCUCCCAGGGAAGAAGGCAGAAAAAAUUUAUGAAUUACUGUGUAUGAUAUAUCCAUUCCCUCUGCAGAUUUCUGAUCAGCACGAUGUAAGAAGCCUUUUGGAGUUGUCCCGAGAAUACCAGAUAAGUAAACUAACUUCUCGCUGCGAGGAGCGUCUCUUACAGAAACAAAGCUCGGUUGAGCUGGUGAUCCUGGCGCAGGAAUUCUCGCUGAAGCGGCUGCUUGAAAAAUGCUUGGCCUCCCUCGCAAGAAUGAACUUUCAAGAGCUCAAGAACUGUCCAAAUUUCGACAACAUAGAAGCGGAGAAUCUAGUUUGCCUCUUAAAUAAUCAUCUUCGCUGGCUUAAGGAACAGCAUGCCCGUGAAAUUAGGCAACUGAGGGAACAAUUUUUGAAAGAGAAAGGCCGAGCCCUGGAGAUCGCUAACGAGCUGAACAGUUGUUGGGGAUAUAACAAACUGCCAAUCAGAGGUUGCGCAUGCGCAUCGUAUACCAAGUCAUGUGACAACUGUUGCACAGUCUUAGAAAAAUUUGUCAAGACAAAAUGCGGCGAACUUAUCGAGGCAUUGCAACAGAACGUGUAGAUUGAGGACGUUAUUGUGGAACUCGAAGCUUUUUUGGCUUUGAUAACGGCUCUCUCUUCAUACGGGACGACUGGAUGUAACAGGGGCUCGAAGGAUAUCAUCUAUAGGUGGGCCUGGAGAAACGAAUUUUGAAGAGAAGAGGCCCUAUGGCAGAUGAGAUUGUGGUUUAUUCUGAUACAAGGCCGAAGGGAGGUCCGGAGGCAUCCUUCCGCGCAAAAUUUAAAAAUUUAAACACGCUUCUGUGCUAUUUGGUUCCUUUCGGAUCGCAUUUCAUGGAAAAGUUUUUCGCCGCUUUCAAGGAAUCUCAAAGCCGCCACUAGGCAUGUCGUUGACAGAGCAUUUGUUGUCCUCGUCCUUUUUGCUAAAAAAGUGUCAUAAGUGUAGGGGGUGAAUAAUGA